UUUUCAAAACAGUGCUGGUCAAAAAGCCUGGUCUAGCCUGGUCUAGCGAUCAAUGUUUUGUUUGCAAACAAUGAAUUUUGAGGUUACAGUUUAGAAAAUACUGGAAAAACUGCACUAGUGUUCUUACAUUUCUGCAGACGCGUGGUUAAUUUUUGGCAGACGAGUGCAUAAUUUUCAUCCUCAGCUUAAUUAAAUAAAAAUGCAAUCUGACGACGCUCGAUAUUUAAAAAGAAAGGUGAAAGCAGGCAGGCUUGAUGUCCACCCAACUGAACAAGCAUUGGUUGUGCACUAUGAGCUUGAAGCAUCGAUCUUGGGAGAGGGGAUGUCUACAGUUUUGUCGGACAAGAAGGAAUGCCAAAAAAUUAUCCGACUUAAAAGCUUACACUCGAACACUGACAUAUCAGCACUUGCGGUAGAGGUUGUGGAAAAAUGCAGUCUGAUCCAUCGAAGCAAACUUCCUGAAGUGGAGCAGCUGAUUUAUUAUCUCCAGAAUCGACGCAAAGAAGCUCAAACCCAGAGCGUAAAAGAACGUCCCCAGACUGCAUUUGCAACAGAGCUAAAUGUUUCAAACUUAUCGAGUCCUGAUGGAACCGCUGAGGUGGCCACUUUAUCAAAAAUUGAAGAUUACAUCGAUUUACUUUAUGAAAAUAUUCCUGAAAAGAUCAGAGGUUCAGCACUUAUUUUGCAACUUGCUCGGAAUCCAGAUAAUUUGCAAGAGCUCUCAGCAAAUGAACGCGUCCUUGGAGCUUUGGCCAGAGUUUUAAGGGAGGACUGGAAACAGAGUUUGGAUCUCAGCACCAAUAUUGUAUACGUUUUUUUCUGUUUCUCCACCUUUUCUGCUUUUCACGCAGUUAUCAUUCAACACAAGAUGGGCUCGUUAUGCAUGGAACUGAUUGACUAUGAGUUGAGGAGGCAUGACCAGUGGACUGAUGAGCUGGAGCAGCGAAGACGUCAUUCACAAAGUGAGGCAGCCAGUCCAAGCGAAGAGACAAAGCGGAAAGCACUGGCAGAUUUUGAAAAAUCGUCUAGGAAAUUUGCCCUGCUGACCAAGAAGCAGGAUCAACUGCUGCGAGUUGCAUUUUAUCUCCUUUUGAACAUCGCAGAGGAUACGAGGCUGGAGGACAAAAUGAGAAGGAAAAACAUUGUUGGAAUGCUAGUCAAAGCUCUAGAUCGAGAGAACAACGACUUGCUCUUGCUAAUAGUCACGUUCCUCAAGAAGCUGUCUGUUUUUCGGGAAAAUAAGGAUGACAUGGCUGACAUGAACGUUGUGGAAAAACUUCCUGCCCUGGUUACUUCUACGAACACUGACCUGGCUCACGUAGCCAUGAAGCUGCUUUUUAACCUUUCCUUUGACCCUGAACUGCGGUCCAGAAUGGUUCGAGUUGGGCUUCUCCCCAAACUUGUUCACCUACUAGAUAAUCAAAAACACAGGUCAGUGGUGCUCGGCAUUUUGUACCACCUGAGCAUGGACGACAGAGUCAAGUCCAUGUUCACCUACACAGAUUGCAUUCCUUUGGUGCUCAAAAUGAUCAUCGAGUGCUCUGAAGACAAAGUGCCCUUGGAAUUGGUUGCGGUCGCCAUUAACCUUGCCCUGAACAAGCGAAACUCCCAGCUGAUGUGCGAGGGCACUAGGCUGAAGACUCUGAUGCAGCGAGCCUUCCACUUUCAGGACGCUUUGCUGAUGAAGUGUUUGAGGAACAUAGCUCAACAUCCAGGCCAAACGAAAAUUCUGUUUGUGGAGUUCAUUGGGGACUUGGCUCAAGCAAUUCAAGCAGCAGAAUGCGAGGAAUUUGUGGUCGAGUGCCUCGGAGUUAUGGGCAACCUGGCUGUUGAAAAUAUGGAUUGGGAGAGGCUGAUGAAAGAAUACAAAUUGAUUCCUUGGCUUAGGUCUCAUCUAGUUUCAGGUCGAUCCGAGGAUGAUCUUGUGUUAGAAAUCGUCGUGCUUUUGGGUACAGCUGCAAUGGAUGAAGCUUGCGCCAACCUGUUGUGCAAGGCUGAGGUGCUGCAGGACUUAAUUGAACUACUGAAAGCAAAGCAAGAAGAUGAUGAAGUGGUGUUGCAAAUAAUAUUUGUAUUUUUCCAACUAUGCAAGCAUCCAUCAUCAAUGGACUUUUUGAUUCAGGAAACAGAGGCAGCAGCAUAUCUAAUCGAUCUCAUGCACGACAAAAACGCAGAAAUCCGAAGGGUUUGUGAUAACACUCUGGACAUUAUUGGGACUCAUUUUCCUGAGUGGGCGAAAAGAGUUCAGCUGGAAAAGUUUAGAUUUCACAAUUCCCAGUGGCUUGAGAUGGUCAAGAACCAGCAAACACUGGACGCAGCUGCAGCUGCUGAAGGCGACGACCAGAUGCCUUACUAUGGAGACGAUAUUUAUGGUCCCUCGUGUCUUUAUCAGACUGACACAAUGGAUGACUUUGACUUUGCAACUAGCUCUGAGAACUCUAGUCGAGCGUCUAGUCGCCCCAGAAGCAGCUAUGGACAAGAUUUGGAGGGUUUCAUGGAAGCAAUGGGAAGACCUUUGGUUCCAGGAUCCAAACAAUUGGAUGAUUUGAACAAAAAGCUAGGUGCUCUGAAAAUGCAGCAGCAGUAAAGUUCUGGCUGCAUUAAUUGAAAGGAUAGGGUGUCAUGUGUCAUUAACCUACUUUUUAUUGAAAAUUUCAAGCUUGUAGCCAAGUACAUAAAGCUAAAAAGUUCUUUAAAUUUGGCUGGAAAGUAAAUCACACAUUUCGCCUAAAAACUCAUUCAGACAACUUAGCAACCAGUGCUCUAAAUCAAAAUUAAAGAGACUGGAAGUGCUUGGAUUUGCGAUAUUAAAUUUAUGAGAGGCUUCUGCUUUUACUCUACUAAUAAAGCUUCUUUGCUUCCG